AUGAAGAACGUCGACUUUUUUAGCAACUUGUUGCUUUUAUUUAUAGUUACUGAUGCAAGCGCGUGGAUUGUCAAAAAUGCGACGGAAACCCUUUCUAGAGCCAACAUCUCUACCAAUAAAACGGAAGUUGGGGGUGACGGACUGGCAUCUAUGCCAAAAUCGAGGCGAAAACGUUACAUUUCACAGCAUGAUAUGUUGGCUAUUCUGGACUACCACAACAAGGUGCGAGCAAAUGUUUUCCCACCUGCCGCCAACAUGGAGUACAUGGUUUGGGAUGAGGGUCUGGCCAGGUCAGCAGAAGCUUGGGCAGCAACCUGUAUUUGGGAACAUGGACCUCCUUAUCUUCUCCAAUAUCUGGGUCAAAACCUCUCAGUUCGAACUGGCCAUUACCGCUCUAUUCUUCAGUUGGUUAAACCUUGGUAUGAUGAGGUCAGAGAUUAUGCAUUUCCAUACCCACGUGACUGUAAUCCCCACUGCCCCAUGCGCUGUUACGGACCUAUGUGUACACAUUACACACAAAUGGUGUGGGGAUCAAGCAACAGAGUUGGAUGCGCCAUUCAAACCUGUUACAAUAUGGUUGUGUGGGGCUCUGUGUGGAGGGAGGCAACAUACCUGGUCUGCAAUUAUUCACCGAAGGGCAACUGGAUUGGUGAAGCACCAUAUAGAGUUGGUGUACCAUGCUCAGCCUGUCCUCCAAACUACGGGGGUUCAUGCAGCAACAACAUGUGCUUUCCUGCCAUCAACUCAAACUUCAUGUACUGGUUUAAAUAAGCUGUUAUUGUUACAGUAAUCUAAUAUAGCUUUUAAAUACAUACUGUAUGCGUUUUGUACCACAGAUGUAGCUGUUUUGUAUGCGUUACUGUAGAUUCCAGGUGG